AUGUCCCCGCUCAUUCUUACCCGCGCGUCAGUCCUACAGCAUGAUCAACUCCAAUUGAACGUCCUCAAAACCAUGUCUUUCCUGAGUCCUAGACGGCUCAAGCGCAAAAAGUGGGAAAGUCCUGAGCUGUUAUGUGGGGAGAUCAUUGACACGCCCCGGGUUGGCUUGCUCAAGAAGGCAUGGGGGUCAAGCGGCCCAGCCCAGGAACGAUUCGACGUCCAUAUCCUUCCUGACAUCGAAGAUGUUUUGAGGAAUAUCGACCCUGGUUAUGCCGACAUAUUCGUGCGGCUCUACAUGACAUGA